UCAGCUAUAAUUUCAUUACUUACAACUACAUUUUUUGCAGGACAUUUUUUUCAGAACAUAGGUAUUACAAACAUUUAGUGAUAACUAGGCUAAUGCUAUUGUUAGCAAAGAUUAGCCAAGGCAGCUAACUUAAUUAUUACCAUUAUCAUGUCAUUCACACGAUAAUUUAUAGCACAUAAAUGAAAACAGCAGGUACUCUUGUGGCAGCAACAGUGACUGGGAAGAGAAAUGUGAAGGAGUGAAAAGAGUGAGAGAAAAGCGGCGAAACUUGACGACAGACAACCAACACUGAUGCAGUGGACGUAACCAUGGACCAGUCCUGGCCAGUGAGGGUAGUGGUUGCUGAUAAUGACAUUCGAAAAGUAACUUUCCACAAAAGACCGGAUACUUUGGAAGAGCUAAUAAGCGAGUUGAAAAAACGACUUGAUCAGCAAUAUGACUUCAUGCUUCACUAUGAAGACCCAGAGUUCAACUAUGCUUUUUGCAACCUCACGGAUAUAACUGAGCUGCCUGAUAGACCAACACUGAAGAUUGUCUCUCUGGAAAAUGUAGUUGUAACAUUGUCUGUAGCCAGUCCAUCAUCUUCAGCCAGCGCAUUGUCUUCAGCAUUGACUCUGUCUUCACCUGGGUCAUCUGACACAGAAAUACUGCCUCACACUGAAGAGACAUCACCACUGACCUCACGUGAACCAUGGCCUUCUACAUUUGAGGUGCCAUAUUUCUCUGUAAAUAUUGAAUAUAGACUGAGACAGGGAAACCUAAUUUAUAUGAGAGAUGGCACACGCAUGUCAGUUUCACGAGACAUGAAGCAUGACAUUCUGCAGAAGCUAGCUGAGGAGAUGUACAAGUUCUCGGCUUACCCUCAAGAUGAACACUUCACCACUGUUGCUGCAGCACUGAUAGCUAAGCACCCGUGCCUUGCUGAGCCAGGGUCAACCACAGGUUGCUAUGGAUGGAAGAAUAGUUUGAAAUUCAAAAUGGGUAAUCUCCGAUCCAAACUUCGCAGAUGUGGAAUUGCAGAUUUGUCAGUCAACAAGAGAACACAGCAGAAUCCAGAGGGGGAACCACCUGGAAAAAGCCUGAAGAGACCCAGAAGAAGUGAGACAAACUUCCUGCCAGAUUUUCCACAGGGUCAAGAUGCAUCAACACUUGAAUGCUCUAGACAGCUGCUUGAAAAUGAAAUGAAGAAAAGGUUCCCAAAUGCAGUUCAUGUGAAUCAGCUGAUGAACCAGACCUUCUCAUUAAGACGCAAAGAAAUUGUGGAAGAGCAGCCCCCUUUGAAACAGAUGUUGGAACGAUGGCCAGCUCUCUUCAGAAAACAACAGGUCUUUGCAGAAUUCACAAGAGUGGCAAGUAAAGAUCUUGAAUGGGACUUCUUUGAGUCCUUGGACCGCCAUACCCCACGUUUCCUUGAGAUCUUCAAAUCUAAAACUGGAAUAAUUGGAAGGACACUUAAGGAGAUCCUUUCCCAGGUUGAAACAAAGACCCAUGAUAUCGAAGCCAUGAGGACUGCUGUCCUGCGAUGUCUUCCAGUUUUCCUCGGGGAUGAUGGAAGUGAUUUUUUCAAAGUCUGUUUUGACACUGAUACCAUCGCAGAUGUCACACAAGUUCCUGUUGGGGUCUUGACUGUUAUACCUGAAGACAGACAGCAGCCAGGUCCACAUGCCCUGCACCUUGAACCCUCCAGCAUUGCUAUCAUACUGGAAGGUAAUAUCGUCAUGGAUGACAUUGGAAGCCACGCACAAGAUUUUUGUGUUACAUUUGGACUAAUAUACGCUCUUCAUUUGGAUUAUCCAAAAAGACUCAGGAACACCUUUGACUUCAUUCAGAGGGUGAUGCUCAACCUGGGUGUAGGCAACCUGAGACCAAAACUUCAGAGCUUGAAAAAUGCUCUUUUGCAGUAGGUGGGUGUACUGCCGGCAGAUCCUU